UUAUAUUGCAACUACUCAAGCCAACAAAUCCAAAUAAAUCUGUGCUUAUUCAUUCCUGCUUCAGAAUACCACUAGGAAAAGAAAAGUAAAAAAAUGAGGACAGCUUUAAUUUUCCUCUUUUUGUUGGGUUUGAGCAGCUCAUUUUAUAUUAAUCGAUUCCAAAGGAAAUGGAAAGAUGAUGAAGGAAAAGGAAUACCAAGGAAUAAAUAUGGAUACCGGGCCUUAUACAUGGAACCACGAUUUAGACCAUUCUUCAACUAUGCUAAGGGUGGCAGCUCUUCAGAAGAAGAUAGCUCAGAUGAGAGUGAUUCAGAUGAACAAGGCAUAAAUGGAAAAGCAGAUUCUGAAGGAAAUUGUGCAAAAACGUCUGAGGGAAAAGGGGCAACAGAAGAGGCCGAUUCAGAAAAUGAAGAAGAGGAAGAAGAAGAAGCUCCAGAAGUGGAAGAAAAUUCAGCCAGCCAGAAUGAAACAGAAACAGAGAAUGACGAACUAGACACAACCACAAACAGUACCUCAUUGGAGACUACACAAGCAAGCACAACUGCACCUUUCACUACAGACCAUGAAAUCAAUGGUGGUGGGGUAACUGGACCCCCUAGAGUUAGCUAUGAUGAAAAAGGAGGCAAUGAAGAUGGAAGCAAUGGUGGCAUUAGCAGUACUGCAGCAUAUGAAACGGAAAGCAUAAGUGUAGAGUAUGAGCAAGGCUAUGAGCAUACUUACGAUCAUGAAAAUGAAGCUGAUUAUGGAAGAGUAAAAGGGGAUAAUUAUGCACAGUAUGAGGAUGAGUACAAUUACCGAAGGCGCUACUAUGAUCAUUAUGCUCAACAAUAUAAUUAUCAGUAGAUUCAACUGAAAGUUGUUUAAAUGGGGUGCAAGUUGAGAUUUGCCAGAGGUUAGAGGGGAUUGUGGUAUUAUAUUUCUUUUAGUUAUAAAAAUAUUGUAUUGUAUAUUGUUGUUAGAAACAAUAUAAUAUAUAUUAUUUAAAAUGACCUUUGAGUCUUAUAUAUUAGGAUGCUUAUUUAAAAGGGGCAUUUAGGCAGAGGCUGGUUAUAACCUAUGGAAGCAACAAUAUAAACAACCAGAGUCACUUUUUUGGUGGUCAAAAAAUCAUUGUUAUGUAUGAACAGCAUUGAUGUAGCAUUUAAGUUAACCUUUAUAGCUGCCUUGCCAAAUACCAUGCAUUAAACAUGGGUCAACAUAUCAAAGCAAAUGCAUUAUAUAAAAAGCACAAUCACAAAACUGACCAUGCUAUUUAUAAAGAUGUGUAGCUGCCUUAGGAGCUUAUAUGCCCUGUACAGUAGUAUUAGAAAGCUAAUUUGCAAUCAGUCUUUUAUUGUUUAUUUUUGUAGCUAUUCAGAUGCAGCUAACAGGCUUGGGAUUUUCAAUUGCUCUCUGGUUGGUCUGGCUUAACUACCUUAGAAACCAGGUAUCAUUUUGCAUUUCAUAAUGGAAGACACUUAAGAAAUGGCCUUACUUAGUAAAUGAAUUAGCGUAAUGGACAAAUAGUUUUUUGACUGAUUGGAGUCAAUGAUCAAAAGGAACAGAUACAAAUUUGCACUUGCUGUCUGAAAAGAAGCAGUACUGGAAGAGUUAUGAUUCAAAAACUUUAAGAAAUUAAAAAAAAGAUAAUUUGAACAGUUACAUAGAACAUUAUACAUUUGGCAAACUUCAUUGCCUAGCUUUAUAACUGCACAUGAUUUUGCAUGGCAUUAAAUUAUAAGGUGCAUUCUAAGGCUACUUUUUUACACAACUUUAUAAAUAUGCCCUUACUGCUUGCCAAGUACACAGAAAACCAGCAGCAUCUUGGUGCUGCAUAAAUAAUAAUUCUUUUUUUGGAGCAAGAAAAGGUAAUGAAAUUAUAAUAUUGCCCUGUAAUAUUAUUAACCAUGUAAAGUGGUGCAAGAUAAAUGCAAUGUAACACUAAUAUGUCUUUCUCUAUUACUGGUUAUAGAGCUUUUCAAAUAAGAAGAACCCUUAUUUAGCAAACAGAAUCUCUGUCACUAAUAAAACAAUUAUUUGGUUUAAA